AUGGCAGAAAGGCCAACUCCGAUGAGUGUUGUCCAGCCCGGAUGCAUGCCACAAUCGGAAACCGAGGAUCUUCCUGCUGACCUCCUUGAUGAGAACUGUGACAACUUCAGCAAGAGGCAGGAAAGCGUCGAGACACAAGUGCCGGAGUGCGACGGCGCUUCAUCCCCAGAGUCCCAGUCCACGCCAGCAACUUAUCAUUCCUGGACUUCGGACGUGGAUGUCUUUGGCAGCCCGAAGAAGCAGCAUCACCUGGCAAAGCUCCAGGAGUUGGAUGUUUUCCGCUCCUUAGUCGAGAGCCUUGAUGGAGAGA